AUGCAACGACAGUUAAAUGACGCUAAAUUCUACAGACAACUAGACGGGGACAUUACUGAUACUAUUCAACAGCGUGUUACGGUCUACAUUGAACGUAUGUUUGACGACGGUUACAUUGACGAAAAGACUAAAAAGUACCUAGUACAAACAAACGUGAAACCAGGACGUUUUUACAUACGACCUAAAAUACAUAAAACGGGAAAUCCUGGACGCCCCAUAGUUUCAUCUAACAGCCACCCUACUGAACGCAUCUCACAAUUUGUUGACUACUACAUUAACCCUCUCGUCUCUACCUUGGAUUCACACAUUAAAGACACUACUGACUUCCUUAAUACACUUUCUCACCUCGGUAACCUACCUAACAACGCUAUUCUUGUAACUCUUGAUGUGUCAUCGCUCUACACCAACAUUCCACAUAAUCAAGGAAUUGAUGCAUGCCGUCAUUUUCUUGAUACCCGCCCUAACAAACACAUCCCCACAGAGACACUAUGUGAUCUCUUACGCAUGAUUCUCACCAUGAAUAAUUUCACAUUUAACCAACAGCAUUAUCUUCAAAUCCAUGGUACUGCUAUGGGUACUAAAAUGGCUCCUUCUUUUGCCAACCUUUUUCUUGGUAUGUUCGAAACCAACGCUCUCACUAACGCCCCUUGGCAGCCUCACACAUGGUGGAGAUAUAUCGAUAAUAUUUUCAUGAUCUGGACAGAAGGUUCAGAUCGUUUGAAAAUAUUCGUCGAUUAUCUCAAUAACAUUCAUCCCACUAUUAAGUUCACUAGCUCUCACUUACUUACUAACGUUCCUUUUCUCGACGUCGUGGUGUCUCUACAUAACGGUAUAAUUGAAACUGAUCUAUUUACUAAACCCACGGAUAAAUAUUAGCACCCUCUCAGCUCAUCAUGCCAUCCUCACCACACUAAGAAAGCCAUUCCGUUCAGCUUAGCCCUCCGCCUCCGCCGUAUCUGCUCUACAGACGCUAAGUUUAAACAUCGCAUUAAUGAACUUAAAACAUAUCUCCUUGCUCGUGGUUAUAAUAAUAAUUUCCUAGAAAAACAGUUCCUACGCGCUGCUAAUAUUUCUCGUACUAACGCGUUACAAACUAAACCCAAAGCUUCUAACGAUGUUGUACCAUUUGUUGUCACAUAUAACCCAGCACUUCCACGCAUUUCUAAUAUCCUACGCAAACAUUUUAACAUCUUACACUCCUCUAACCGUUGCAAAGACGUCUUUAAGCAACCGCCUUUUGUUGCUUACAGACGUAGCUCUAAUCUUCGUGACCUUUUAGUUAAAGCACAACUACCCGUUAUCUCCACCAAUCAUUUUCCGCCGGGCUUCUUCCGCUGUGGACAGAAUUGUGCCACUUGUCCAUACAUUACUAACGGCCUAACAAGUUAUACCUUUUACGCUACAGGUGAAACACGCUCCAUCACUUCACACAUUACUUGUAACACUAAAAAUGUUAUCUACCAGGGGCACCCAACGAGGAUAUAGUUCCAAAACCACUUAACAUAGCAUUGUUGAACGUAUUUUAGUAUUUAAACGGUAGAUAUAGGCAUAUUUUUAUCCCCUAAAAACUUUUCAUCUGUUCGGAUUUCCUAGCUGAAAGUCUAGUGAUCCGAGAAUUAUAGGGAUAAAAACUUACCUUCUCGAAAAUUUCAGCCAGGAAAAGGUUCCCGAAAAUUCUAGGUGGCCUCUUUUAAGGUCAAAAUACGUUAAAAAUGGGUAAUUAUACCAUUUUGUAGAUGCUCGAAAAUCCUAGGAGAGGCAGGCAAGCAAGAAAUUUUACAACAAAUGCUCCGAAAAUUCUAGAUCUCAAAUCGUCUUCCGAACAGAUAUUUUCCCGAAAAUUGCCGUUGGGUGCCCCUGAUCUACAUGGUUCAAUGUAACUGUUGUAAUUUACAAUAUAUAGGUGAAACUAAGCGACGUCUCAAGGACAGAUUUAACGAACACAGACGUGCAGUCGACAAAACUAACAUUAAAUCUAAACCCACUACUGUUUCUGAACACUUUCUCUCUCACUCUAACCAUUCUCAUACUGACAUGCAGUUAAUCCCACUAGAAAAAAUUCAUUCUUCACGUGACUCAGUUCGUAAGGCCAGGGAGUCGCAUUUGAUAGAUAAGGCCAUGACUCUUGAACCUCAUGGCCUAAACCGCCGUGACGAAUUAUUGUAA